UCCAAAUAUGUCCCCCAAAGCGAUGUAUCUUUUGAAAUACCGGAGGAAGAUAUUUCUUAAGGUUUUUUUUUUUAAAUUCAUAAGUGCAGGAAAACCUAUCGCAUCUCGCAUACAUCAACAAUUUGUCGGGUUAGGCAUGAAUUCGGAUUGUACUGGGGAUGGAAAUACAGUCGGAAUUAACAUUCAAACGAAGUACACAUGUGUGCAAUUAUGUAGUUUCAACCGCACAUGUAUCUUAUUUCAAUGAGUACUAAUUUUUAAGAAUUGUAUUUGAGAAAAAAGGGGGAGGAAUCUAUAACACUUCUCUUUCGAACCGAAUAAUUACAUGAGUCAUUGGAUAUCGAAGAAUCAUUUAUUUUCGUGGGAUCAUAAUUUCGCGGUCUAAGAAAAUUGGUUAUGUUCGUAGGGACUUAAUUUCGAAUGGAUGACGAGUUUUAGUCCAGUUCCCGUUUCUCUCAUUCAAUUCGUAUAGAACAAUUAUGAAAAUCAACGAAAUUAUAAAUUCCUUUUUUAAAGUUGUUAAUAUCGCACCUUUUCCCCUACCCCGACAUAUCAUUGGAAAAUUAUCAAUAUUCUAUUCUUCAACUGAUUGCGGGUUGAAUCUUAAAAAAAAAAAUAUUAAAAUAUCAGGUGCAAAGUUUGAAUCCUGUCACGAAAUACAUGUAGUUGUUUCUUACAACCCUUGAUCUCUGAAAAUUUACAAUGGAGGCUGGUUUCCGAAAUUGCCAACAAGCAAUUUUACUUCGACCCGUUCCAAAGUCCCCUGAACAUCUCAAACCAAUAACAUCAUUUGAUAUGUCACACCUCAUAAGCGUUUUCCAUGCAUUGGUUCCGUCUGCCAAUGUCCAAAUAAAACGGUCGGCAAAUUUUUAAUCAGUCAUAGAAAAUUAAUGUUUUUAGUCCUGUAAUUCUUUUGAUCGGGCAACAGUAAAAUGCCCAUCGAACGAAAAUAAAACACAAUGAAAAUAAAUGAUUAUUCCGUGACAAGACUAUGAUAUGAGAAAAAAGUCAAACUUACAUGUAACAGUGUAUCCGUAUGUUUCAGUAAGAUAUAAGAUUGCAAUGAAGGUCCAUCUGAAAAUCCCUUGCGUCGAUUUCAUCUUCAUCCCGUAUACAUGUACCAUAUAUCUGUGAGAUUAAUGAAUACUAUUAGCAUAAUGAUCAUACUUUAUCAGUACAUCUUAAGAAAUAAAUUUCCUUUUUGAAAUUGCAGGAGGGUAUGAACUGCGAUGUUUCGAUUCACGCUGGCAUACUUCAUGAAUCACGUUAGCCACAAUGUAUAUUGGUAAUUCAUCAUAAUGGCUGACUUCUUAUCAAAACAUAACAUCAGCAAUGUUUGUAUAUGCCUUGCCGAGUAGCUCAGUCGGUUAACGUAUCGUCUGCCGAUCUGUGAAUUGCAGGUUCGAUUCAAGCAGGGGUUUUAAAUUGUUUAGUAAGCCUGCGUUUAUUUUUAUAUUUUAGGUAUUUUUAAAAUACUAAAUAAAGUAAGUUUUCAAUGGUAUUCGCCGACGACCGUUACCGGUUCUAAAAAUUAUGUCGUUAUGGGGGAUACGUUAAAACGCUUUAUUUCACUUAGACGCUUGUAAACACUGAAAUGGAAAGAGAAACUUACGUAAAGUUUUCCGUCUCUCGACUCAAAGACGAGUUAAAGAAAAAAGGAGCCACCACGAGAGGCAGAAAAGCCGACCUUAUAGACAGGUUUGUAUUUUCAUACCUCAUAACCGUUAUUUUCGUUUGUAAUAUUUCAACAAAUUCGUAGCUCUGCACCCAUGCAGACGACGGAGGAUGUUUACGCCGGCAUGAUUAUGCCUAGAGAUUGUUUUGAUGCUCAGUGCGACAAUUCUUUUAUCAAAAUGCCUCAAAAUUCAAUAAAUUAAUGUGAUAUAAGUUAUAUUUAUGUCAUCAAUUAUACGUAAUAAUUAUAGUACUAUACGGACUGUUGUUAUUGUAAUACAUGAUACAAGGGCAUUCACUGACAUGUACUAGUACGUCUUGGUACCUAAUAUUUUUUUUAUGGGAAGUGGACAUUGUACAGUACUUUAUUGUAGGCUUAAGGCAUAUUAUAGAAAUAAAGAUUUCAAGAAUGACCCAAUUCAAAUACCUGAGCCUUUGGAAGUUGAUUGGCCAACGAGGGGAUUUCAACAGCUCCAGGAAUCACAUAAAGAAGAAAUCCCAAAGAUAUGCAUUGAGCAGAUAGACAUGUAUUUUGUACAUAGAUUAGCAGGUGACAGACAAAGCACUGGUGAUGUCAAGGCUAUCGAGAAAGGAAGGCUACUUGUUGAAAGUGAUAGAGUCUUGGCUGCGUCAUAUUUAAAGGAAGAUGAUUCCCUGUUCUUUACAGGCAUUGUUGGCGCAGCCAUGAAAACAAAGGUAACAUACAACUUCAAAUUAAAAUUUGACAAAAACUCGGGAGACAUCUUGAACAGCCAUUGUGAGUGUCCUGCAGGACGAGGUCCCCAUGGAACUUGCAAGCAUCUUGCUGCUGUUGCCUUAGUUUUACUCUCUUGUUCUGAAGGAAAAGGUUUGAGGAUUCAGAGAUCAUGCACAGAAAACCUGCAGACAUUUCAUAAACCCAAACAUUCAUACUCAGGUUCACCAGUCAAAGCUGAAGAUCUGCCCAGGAAGCGGAAUCUGACUGAUGAUUUUUUAAAUGAUCCCCGCCCUGAACAUCUAAAAGGUGUGGCUGGUUACCCGGAUAGGGUUCGCAAUAUGGUCUUAAACCAUUGUGCAGAGACCUCAGACAAUCUGACAUACAGAUAUCUCAUCGAGAAAGCAAAUAUUCAGGCAGCAGUAUUGGACCAUGAUUAUUUGGAAAGACCCUUCACAGAGUAUUGGGUUCAACGAGCUGUUGAGGUUACAGCAGAUAAAGUAGUUGCCAUUGAGGAGCAGACACGUGGACAAGCCAGCUCAAAUAAUUGGUUCAAGGAGAGAUCAUGGCGGAUCACAGCAUCAAGAUUUGGAGAUAUCUGUUUAGCUACAGACAGGCGUAAUAGGCAGAAACUCUGCGAGUCUCUAUACCAGCCUUCUGCUGCUGUAUUUCGCAGUGAAGCUCUAGUCCAUGGACGUACCUACGAGACACGUGCUAUUAGAUCCUUUGAAAGAGAGACUGGCCAAGGUGUUCAAAGAUGUGGUUUCUUUGUUGAUAUGGAUCGACCUUACUUGGGGGCAUCACCGGAUGGACUCGUUGGCACUGAUGCACUAAUUGAAGUCAAAUGUCCCUUUGCUGGUCGCUUUGAGAAGAUUCAGCCUGGAAAGUACUUCCCAUAUCUAACAAUGGACUCUGUAACUGGUGAAAUGAAAUUGAAACCCACCUCUAAAUAUUUUUUCCAAAUACAAGGCCAAAUGCUUAUUGCCAAAAAACAAAUUUGCAUUUUGUUGUAUACACUUUCAAAGAUUUGUUCAUCCAGAAAGUACAUAUUGAUGUAGAAUGUUGCCAGAAUUCUCUUCUUCCAAAGCUUGAUGUAUUCUAUGAUAAAUUUUUCAUGCCAUACUUGUUAUCCUUGCUGUAAAGUGGAAGCAUAUAUGCAAACUUGUGUAAAAGUUUCUUCCAAAUGAUUUAUCGAGACAGUUCAUUUUUUUUUAUACAGAAUCUUUUUUGUAUUCAUGAUUUGAUUAGAGUCUGCAAAUGAUUCUUCAUGUUUUUUUGCCUAAGUUUCUGCCCAGAAUGCCAAUCAAUUUCAGAUGAAAUACAUUGCAUAUCCAUGAUAUGAAAUUUUCUGUAUUGACAAUAUACAUGUAACAAUGCAUAGAUGUUGGUUAUAUAAAGUGUUAAACUU